UCAAGAACUUAUAAAACGAAAAGUACCCGGCGCGCAUCGCUCUCCUUGCUGUGCCACCUGGGCGUGACGCGGAACCCCAGGCUGAAUCAGAGAGGCUCCUUGCGGGAUAAUGAACUCCGUGGGCCCGCAGGCCCCCCACACCUCUCCGCCGGCUUCCUCCGUCCCGGGGAAGGGCCCCCAGGACGAGAUGUCGCUGUACUGUGACAGCUACUCCUCUAUGUACCACCAGCCCGGGACCCUGGGAGACUUCUCCUCCGCCCCCAACCCCAACCCCUACCUCUGGCUGAACUCACCCACCUCCUACCUGCACGGGAACAACCCCACCUUCAUCCCGCCCUCCUACGGUUCCCAGCGGCCUUUCUUGGCGGGCUCCCCGGGCUUCUCGGCUCCGGACCUGGGCUGGCUGUCCAUCGCGAGCCAGGAGGAGCUGCUGAAGCUGGUCCGACCCCCCUACUCCUACUCGGCGCUCAUUGCCAUGGCCAUCCAGAACACCCAGGAGAAGAAGCUGACCCUGAGCCAGAUCUACCAGUACGUGGCCGAGAACUUCCCCUUCUACAAGAAGAGCAAGGCGGGCUGGCAGAACUCCAUCCGGCACAACCUGUCCCUCAACGACUGCUUCAAGAAGGUCCCGCGGGACGAGGACGAUCCAGGGAAGGGGAACUACUGGACUCUGGACCCAAACUGUGAGAAGAUGUUCGACAACGGAAACUUCCGGAGGAAACGUAAACGGCGCUCCGACCCGGCAAAGGGCGAGGAGUGCCGAGCGCAGGCCUCCCUCAGGUCCUCAGACAGCCCCUCCUCCCCGGAGAUAGACGGACUCAAGAGCCCCCCCGCCCCGCUGUCUCCCCCCGCGGGGGGCGUGGCCGCCGCCUGCUUCAACCACUUCUACAGCAGCAUGGCGUCGCUGGCCCCGCCCUCCACCGCGCACCAGGGAGCCCUGGGAUUGGUCAACGAGCUGUCCAAUAGGAACAUUACGGCGCUCGGGGCCUAUCCGACGGCCGCCGGGCCGACACCCGGACACCCGCCUCACGGGCACCCUCACGGGCACGCUCACGUGCACUCUCACGGGCACCCCCAGGGGCCCGGCCAGGAGGGAGAGCUGGUGGAGGGGCCGCGGGGGGGCUACUACAACACGCUGGGCGGAGCUCAGAGCGGACACUUCUACAACAGCUUCAGCGUCAACAGCCUGAUGUACCCCCGAGAGGACCUCUAGUUACCAGCCCUGACCAACCCUAACCAGCCCUGACCAACCCUAACCAGCCCUGACUAACCCUAACCGGCCCCGACUAACCCUAACCAGCCCUGACUAACCCUAACCGGCCCCGACUAACCCUAACCGGCCCGACUAACCCUAACCGGCCCUGACUAACCCUAACCGGCCCCGACUAACCCUAACCGGCCCCGACUAACCCUAACCGGCCCUGACUAACCCUAACCGGCCCCGACUAACCCUAACCGGCCCUGACUAACCCUAACCGGCCCCGACUAACCCUAACCGGCCCGACUAACCCAAACUAGCCCUGACUAACCCAAACUAGCCCUGACUAACCAAACUAGCCCCGACUAACCCUAACCAGACCUGGCCAAACGUAAACAACAAGACUAACCCGAACCACCUCUAACCUUACACCUAAACUAUUUAUCUCUAACCCCUAAAGUGACCAUCUCUAACCUAGUACCUAAACUAACCACCCCUUACCCAAGACCUUAACUAACCAUCUCUAACCUAACCCCUAAAGUGACCAUCUCUAACCUCCCACCUAUGCUAACCAGCUCUAACCUAACCCUAGCCUCCUCGCGGCUCCAUACAGGAGGUUUGUGGUGCAUCAUGGGUAGCAGACGGACAGACGGACCCUUCUGGUUGGUUGAAGCGUGAAGAUCCCGCUCAGCUCAAGUUCCCACGCAACAAACGUCCAAAACGUAACGAUGACAUAAUGAUAACAAUGACCACAAUACUAAUACUGAUUAUCUUUUGACUUAAAUCGAAUCAUCGUUGUUGGCAAACAAUGCUUUUUCGAUGGUGAGAUCCUCAGCAUGAGGUCAAGAUGGCCGGGGGGGCAUGAAGAUUAGGGCAAGGGCUCCCCGCAAACACGCACACACACAGACACGCACGCGCACACAGACAUAGAAUAGCCUGUUUCUAUUUAUGCUGUUUCUCACAUGUUUACUGUUGUUUGAUAUAGGUUGUUUACUGGUUACUUUUGUCUGAUAGUUUGUUUGCUGUUGUCUGAUAGUAUUUGUGUGUGCGCGUGUGUGUGUGUGUGUGUGCACGUGCGUGCGUGCGUGUGUGUAUCUCAGGAUUCCAUCAGUGAGUAGGUUGUGUAAAUAUGUGUACAUGUAUUUGUAUAUUUAAAUGAUAUGUAUAUAUUAUAUAUUCAUUUAUAUAUUUUUCCUUUCUACAACAAGCAUGCAGUCAGUUUUUAUUUGAUUAUGAAUAAAUAUGUGGUCUUUCA